AAGCCCAGUAAAGCGGAGAAGCAGAAGCUCCGCUGUGGUCAGCAGGUCUACGCCCCGCGCUGCUACAGGAGCCGAACAGGAGCUGCUCUCAUCGAGGAACGAACGUCGUCCUGAUGCCGGUCUCGUGUUCUUGGUGUCCACUAGUUUAUAUUUAUCUCCACACAUCACAGCUCAUCAAAAGAUGCCCCUGACGGUACUGAAAUGAGAAGAGACUUGUGAAUAUGGCGCCCAGAAGAAGCUCCAGUGGUCAGCAAAGGUCCUCUGGUGCUCUCCACACUAAAACAUCUCGCAGGUGGAAGCAGAGAAGCACCUCUGAGGAGAGAACUUACUUCUGCUCUGACUGUGGGAAGAGGUACACUAGACAGAGCAGUCUCAAACUGCACCAGCGCAUCCACACGGGAGAGAAACCGUUUCCCUGCUCAGAGUGCGGGAAGGCUUUUCUUCUGAAGAGCACUCUCCGGGUUCACCAGCGCAUUCACACGGGGGAGAAGCCGUUUGAAUGUCAGUACUGCGGGAAGAGCUUCAGAGACAGAGGAAAUCUCAAAGCUCAUCAGCACAUUCACAUGGCAGAGAAGCCGUAUCACUGCUCAGACUGCGGGAAGAGCUUCAACCAGCUGAGCCACCUCCAAAAACACCAGCGGAUUCACACAGGAGAGAAGCCGUAUCGCUGUUCAGAGUGCGGGAAGAGCUUCAAUCAGGAGAGCCACCUUCGAACGCACUCGCGCAUUCACUCAGGUGAGAAGCCGUUUCACUGCUCGUACUGUGGGAAGUAUUUCAGAGACCGAGGGAACCUGAAAACACACCAGUACAUCCACACAGGAGAGAAGCCGUAUUGCUGCUCGGACUGCGGGAAGAGUUUUAACCAGCAGAGUUAUCUGCAAGUACACCAGCGCAUCCACACAGGAGAGAAGCCGUACUACUGCUCAGACUGCAGGAAGAGCUUCAGACAUUUGAGUAGCUUCAAGAAGCAUAAGUCCCAAAAAACCACAGUCAAGGAGAAAGCCCACCACUGCCCGAAGUGCGGAAAGAGUUUCUCUAGACGGACUCACCUGCGAGACCACCAGCGCAUCCACACAGGAGAGAAACCGUAUCACUGCCCGGAGUGCGGCAAGAGCUUCAACCAGCGGAAUAACCUCCGCCUGCACCAGCGCAUCCACACGGGAGAGAAGCCGUUCUGCUGCUCGGACUGUGGGAAGAGCUUCACGGUUCGUGGUCAGUUCCAGCUGCACCAGCGCAUUCACACUGGAGAGAAGCCGUACAAGUGCUCAGAGUGCGGGAAGAGCUUCAGGAACGGCGGCCACCUCACGACCCAUCAGCGCAUCCACACUGGAGAGAAGCCGUACACCUGCUCGUUCUGCGUCAAGAGCUUUCGCAACAAGGCCAACCUCAUCACGCACGAGCGCAUCCACACCGGAGAGAAGCCGUAUCACUGCUCGGAGUGCGGGAAGCGCUUCAGUGACGGAGGUGGUCUCAAAUCACACCAGCGCAUUCACACAGGAGAGAAACCGUAUUACUGCUCGGACUGUGGCCGGAACUUCAGGCAUCUGAAUUCUUUAAAGAUACACAAAUGCACUAAGGGAUGCUUAUGAUGUGUGAGCGGGUCGAAUCAAAACCAGGACUGCUGUUAUCAGCCUUUGGGUUCCUCUGAUUAAUAUUAUCUGUACGGUCUAAGUAGCUCAUAAUGAGGAGAGAUGUUACUGUUGUAAGUAAGAGAUCUGGGGCUGUAAUACAGAAACAUCCUAAUUCUAAAAUCUGAUCUGAAUAUGGGACAGUAGCUAUUCCAGAAUAUCAGCUCCUACCUUCAUUAUCUCAUCAUUAACUCCAGGUUAGAAAACAGCAUCACACAAACAUCCUGACUAGACCAAGCCUCCUAAAUCCUGUCCUAACUUUAGGAUGAACCCCAGCAGGGUCCUGACUCCUGUUUAA